UAAAGAGAGAAACUAUAUUUAGAGUCAUGAUAGAAUUUCUUUCAAACAUAAUGUCUAAUAAAGGACAAAGAAUAUCAAUAGUUAGUUAGUUUGAUAUUAGAUAUGAAGGAAUAUUGUAUUCUAUUUCAAACGAUCAUGUUGUUCUGAAGGAUGUUAAAAAUUUUGGAUAUUAUCAUGUUAAUAAUUUCAAAAAUAUAAAUCAAUACUAAGAGCAGGAUAAAUUGAUCAUUAAAAUAUCUCAUAUUAAAGAUGUUAUGCCUAUUGAAGAUGUUAUAUUAAGAAAGAUUGUAAAAGUAAACAAGUAGGAUAUAUCCAUAAUAAAUUCAAGAGGAUCUGUUCCAUAAUUACCAGAAAUAAGGCUGAGUUAAUACGAAACUAGGAGAAAUACUGAAGAAAGUCAGAAUAAUAACUUUGUAAAUGUCAGCUUAAAUCAAAGUAUGUUUAUAGAAUAAAAUAGAUCUAGACAAUCUUCAAGCCUAUAAAGAGAUAGAUACAGCUAAUUUACAAUUAAAGAUCCUAUAACUAAUUUAAAAUCAAAUAACAAACAUUAUAAAAGAAACUUAGCAUCUUCGUAACUCGGAAGAAAAACCCCUAAUUCUCCUUCUAGAUACUUUGUAAAAUCAGAGAUUACUCCUUUUGAUAUUAGCUUAUUUGUGAAAAAAAAUAUUGAGGAUUGUUAAAAUUACAAUUUUUUAACACAAUAACAAUAAAAAUAAGCAUAAGCAUAAAAAUACUUUAUAAAGAGAAGAUACUAUUGAAAUUAAUUUUAAAUUAAAAGCUAUUUCAUAAUUGAAAUUAUAUCAAAAUUUAUUUAAUUAUUCAAUAGAAAACAAAUUAAAAAUAAAAACUAAAUACAAAGUAAUAAAAUCAAAAAAUAUUAAAGUUCCAAAUUAAACAAGCUCUAAUUCAUAUUUAUCAUAACAAACCUACUACAUGCAUUGUAAUUAAUUAUAACUAAUUUACUAUUUUAUUACUAAUUAAACUAUUUAUUUAGUAUAAAAAAGUAUAAUUUAAAAGUCUAAACAGUACCAAAUUAAU